AUGAGUCAGAGGGCACUGGAAAAUGUCUUGCAGCAGUGUCGGGAUGUGGAGCUCUCCUUCCCACGGCAGCCAGAGGGAUCCACUCUCUUUAGUGGGACAAAGAGGGGAACGUUGUUUCUCACUUCAUACCGGGUGCUCUUCGUGACUUCACACACAGUUAGCGAUCCCAUGUUGUCUUUUAUGAUGCCAUUCAAUCUGAUGAAGGACUGCUCUGUUGAACAACCCAUCUUUGCCCCCAACUUCAUUAAAGGAACCAUUAUGGCAGCUCCGGAUGGUGGCUGGGAAGGACAGGCCAUGUUUAAAUUAUCCUUCCGAAAAGGAGGUGCGAUCCAGUUUGCCCAGUUGAUGACAAAAGCUGCUUCUGCUGCUGCCAGAGGAGCUCCACUCAGAACUAUAAAUUACUGGUAUGGCCCUCCAGGAAUGUAUGUGGUUGUUUCUGGGCAGGGGAACAUGAUGUGCACUCCACAGACGCCUUGUGCAGCGGUCCCAGUUGUUAUCUAUGGAGCCCCACCUGCAGGAUAUGGAGCCUUGCCUCCAAGAUAUGAUGCUCCACUUCCAGGAUAUGGAGCUCCACCUCUGGUAUAUCAAGCCUCACCCGCAGGAUAUCAAGCCCCACCUGGGGGAUAUCAAGCCCCUCCUCCAGGAUAUCAAGCCCCACCUGCAGGAUAUCAAGCUCCACCUAUGGGCUAUGAAGCCCCACCUGGGGGCUAUCAAGGUCCCCCUCCAGGAUAUCAAGCCGCUCCUGUAGGAUAUGAAGCCCCACCUGGGGGAUAUCAAGCCCCACCUAUGGGAUAUGAAGCACAACCUGAGGGAUAUGGAGCCCCACCUGCAGGAAAUGUGGCAUCACAGUCUCCUGGAAAUGAGGCUUCUCAUCCUUCUACCUCAUCUUCUCAGGCCCAUUCUCCACCUUCGAAGAAGUAA